CAGAUAGCUUCCCUCAAACAGUAAACGCUCGUAAAAUAAACUUUCAGAGCAACUCUGGAGAUGAAGUUCAUGUGUCCAUGUCCUCAUACAGUGCAGCACAGAUAAAUCCUCGACCAUCACUCGUGUUGAAUGUUAAACUGUGCACAUGUUACAUCUCGUCUUGUUUUCGUCACGUGAUAAAGAUGAGAGCGGUGAUUCAUGUUGUGAUGGAGAAACGGCCUCUACAUCAAAACAGCGACUGACAGCACAAACUCUUUCCUGCAUCACCUGUGGAAAGACAUUCAGUUCACAGAGACGUUUAGAGACACAUGAGAGAAAACACACAGAACAGAAACUCUUCACCUGCACCAGAUGUGACAUCAGCUUUCCUACCUUACAAGAGAAGAAACUUCAUUCACAAGAGCACAGAGACCAGAAACACUUUCACUGUCAGCAGUGUGGGAAGAACUUUUUCUCGUCUUCUAGUCUGAACAUUCACAUGAGGUCACACACUGGAGAAAAACCUUUCCACUGCAGUCAAUGUGACAAAUAUUUCAGAACCAAAGGAAAUCUUGUUACUCAUCAGAGAAUUCACACGAGAGAAAAACCCCACAAGUGUCCUCACUGUGACAAGAGAUUCAACCACAAACCUCAUCUGAAGAAACACAUGCGUUCACACACCGAUGAGAGACCGUAUGAGUGCAGUGAAUGUGGAAAAACCUUUAGACAGUCACAUGGUCUGAAGGUACACCAGAGAACUCACUCUGAGGAGAAACUCUAUCAGUGUUCACACUGUGAUAAACACUUCCAUCAGAAAUCUCAGCUGAUAUGUCAUGAGAGAAUUCACACUGGAGAGAAACCUUACCUCUGCUCUGACUGUGGGAAGAGAUUUACUGAUCAAAGUACUUUUAGGGUUCAUCAGAGAAUCCACACUGGAGAAAAACCUUAUGACUGCAGUGUUUGUGGGAAGAGUUUUAAUCGUCAUCGCCAUUUAGAGAGACACAAGAGAAUUCACACUGGAGAAAGACCUUAUCAGUGCAGUGUUUGUGGGAAGAGUUUUAAUCGUCAUCACCAUUUAGAGAGACACAAGAAAACUCACACUGGAGAAAGACCUCAUCUCUGUAAUGUUUGUGGGAAACGUUUCACUGAGCAAACUACUCUACUAAAUCACAAGAGAAUUCACACAGGUGAAAGACUUUAUAAAUGUUCUCAGUGUGACAAGACGUUUGCUUAUGCAGAUGUCUUGAGAACCCAUGAGAGAGUUCACACUGGAGAGAAACCUUAUCACUGCUCCAUCUGUGGUGAGAGAUUCACUUAUUUAGGAGGUUUUAAGAUUCAUCAGAAGAAACAUGCUGAAGAACGAACUGAUCUAAAGUCACACCAAACAACACAUUCUGAGGAGAAACUCUAUCAGUGUUCACACUGUGAUAAAAGUUUUGUUAAAAAAUCGUACUUGGUACGUCAUGAGAGAAUUCACACUGGAGAGAAACCUUACCUCUGCUCUCACUGUGGAAAGAGCUUUACUGAUCAUAGUACUUUUAAAGUUCAUCUGAGAAUCCACACUGGAGAACGACCUUAUGACUGCAGUGUUUGUGGGAAGAGUUUUAAUCGUCAUCGCCAUUUAGAGAGACACAAGAGAGUUCACACUGGAGAGAAACCUCAUCACUGCAGUGUUUGUGGGAAGAGUUUCACUCAACAAACUACUCUACUGAAUCACCAGAGACUUCACACAGGUGAAAGACCCUUCAAGUGUUCUCAGUGUGACAAGACGUUUCUUUAUUCAGGUAGCUUGAGAAUCCAUGAGAGAGUUCACACUGGAGAGAAACCUUAUCACUGCUUCAUCUGUGGAGAGAGAUUUGCUUAUUUAGCAAGUUUUAAGACUCAUCAGAAGAAACAUGCUGAAGAACAAACGGCACUGGAAUCAUCAUAACAUCUAUAACCUGGAAUAAUUCCCCUCGCAGUUUUCUUCUGUGUACUGUGUGCUAAUUUAAAUGAUUCUGUUAUUCUCUUCAUGUCUUUUCUCAUGUAUGAAUUAAAAUGAAUCUGUUUUGUGUUGUAUGUUUAUUAGAUACAACAUCAUUAUUAUUAACGUCUUGUGCUUAUAACAGUUUGCAGUUAAGAUGAGCAUAUUUUGUGUUCACAGUAUAGCACGGCCUCUCGUAUCUUAUCGCUACUUUACUGUUAAGACUGAAUGGGCAGACGAACUCGUGAACUGUGUAUUCUUUAAUAAAAUGUGAGGGGAAGAGACUUUGCUUGAAAGGUAUCAUUUGCUCUGUGUUUGUCAACUUAUUGUGUCGCAAACAUACUUUCUUCUUUUUGGAGAAUACACAAGUCUCUCUGAGUUAGGAAAGUACAUUGUAAAA